AGAAUCAGAGAGGAAGGGGUUGGUAUCAAAGAAUUCUUCACAGAGUUUACUCAGAUGAUUAAAGAUGAAGAUAAGAAGAUGAAUUGGGUUACUUUCGAUGGAUCGUAUGACUUAGGUUAUAUAAUUCAAUGCAUGACCGGACGAGAAAGUCUUCCCGACACAUCACAAGGGUUUCAAGAAACG